AUGCCAGCUAAGCACGACAUCAACAAAGUUGGUGUGGAAAGUUCUGAUUUUCCUAUAUUGUGCGAAACAUGUCUAGGUCCAAAUCCAUAUGUUCGAAUGACGAAACAGGAAUUCGGAAACGAAUGUAAGAUUUGUAAUCGACCUUUUACAGUAUUCAGAUGGAAUCCAGGAGCGGGAGGUAGAUAUAAGAAAACCGAAAUCUGUAAUACGUGUGCCAAGAUAAAAGGUGUUUGUCAAACCUGUCUAUUAGAUCUCGAAUAUGGUUUACCUGUACAAGUGAGAGAUGCGGCUUUGGGACGAAAGAGUCAAGCUCCACAAUCAGAUAUCAACAAGCAAUAUUACAUCCAAAAUCUCGAAGCUCAAAUGGCUGAUUCACCCGAUGGACAAACGUUUGAUUCAGAAGUUGCAAAUAGAGCAGGAAGAGAAAUGUUAAAAGGUAUAGCAAGAUCAGAUCCUUAUUACAAGAGAAAUAGACCACAUAUUUGUAGUUUCUUCGUUAAAGGUGAAUGUACGAGAGGUGGUGAAUGCCCUUUCAGACAUGAAAUACCUAAAGAAGGAGAAUUGGCAAAACAAAAUAUCGUUGACAGAUAUUAUGGCAAGAACGAUCCUGUAGCAAAGAAGAUGUUGAGAGAACAAGCUGAGAUCAAAGGUAUGAAAGCACCGGAUGAUAAGUCUAUCACAACAUUGUUAUUCCUCGGUUUACCUCAAACCACAGAAUCAGAAGUCAGAGCUUCUUUGGUUGGUGCUUGUCCAUUCGUCAAACCUAUAGAAAUCAGAUCGUUGACUAUAGUAGAAGCUUCUCAUUGUGCAUUCGUGAAUUUCAAAUUGCGUAAUUUGGCGGAGAAGGUAGCAGAAGCAUUAACUGCUCAAGGUGGAAUUGAAGUUUCAGGUAAAAAAGCUAAAGUAGUAUGGGGAAGAGCAAGACCACAAAAAGGAAAGGCAGCCAUCGCAGCUGGAGAAUCAAGUGGGUCGACAUCAACAGCAACUGCUGAAAUGACAAGUUCAUGA